AACAGAAAAUCGUGAAACACGAGGAGGGUUCGUGAAUUUUGUGAAAUAUUCAACAAAUUCCCAAACUAACUCAAUAACCAUGGGAAAACUGGAUGUAACGGUGCUCCGUUACCUCACGAAAGAGGAUUUUCGGAUACUUACGGCGAUCGAAAUGGGAAUGAAGAAUCAUGAGCUGGUUCCCGGUGCACUGGUGGCCGCAAUCGCUAGUCUUAAGGCUGGCGGAGUGCAUAAAUUGCUGCGCGAGCUUUGCAAGCAUAAGCUGCUGACAUACGAGCGAGGAAAACGAUUUGAUGGUUACCGCUUGACGAAUAUGGGCUAUGAUUACCUCGCAUUGAAGUCACUUACCCUACGCGGGUCCAUCUGUGGUUUCGGAAAUCAAAUCGGCGUCGGCAAGGAAUCCAACAUCUACACGGUGGUUGGCGACGAUGAGACUCCGCUCUGUCUUAAACUGCAUCGGCUGGGUCGCGUUUGUUUCCGGAAUGUAAGAGAGAAGCGUGAUUACCACGGGAAGCGGCACCGCAUGAGCUGGCUGUACCUGUCGCGCAUUUCAGCUACACGUGAGUUUGCGUACAUGAAAGCGCUGUACGAUCGGGGUUUCCCCGUACCAAAGCCGAUCGAUUUCAACCGGCACUGUGUGAUCAUGGAGCUGGUCGAUGGCUACCCCAUGACGAAUGUGUGCGAGGUCGGUAACGUCGAGGCGCUGUACGAUGAUCUGAUGAACCUGAUCGUACGGCUGGGCAACUGUGGCGUGAUUCAUGGAGAUUUCAAUGAAUUCAACAUCAUGAUCACCCAAGAACAGCUACCGAUAUUGAUCGAUUUUCCGCAGAUGAUUUCGACAUCGCACCCGAACGCGCAAAUGUACUUCGAUCGCGAUGUGCAGGGUGUGCGUGAUCUCUUCCGAAAGAAGUUUGGCUACGAAAGUGAGGAUUACCCACGGUUCGAUGAUCUCGAACGAGAUGACGAACUGGAUCGUGAAGUGCUCUGCUCAGGGUAUGGAUUUACGCAAGAAAUGGAAGACGAUCUGCUGAAUGAGUACCAUGAGGGUGGUAAUAAGAACGAAGAAGGCUCCGAUGAAGACGACGAGGAGACACUAGCUGAUUCGGACGAAGAGAAGCCUCAUGACGAUCGCAUGGUCGAUGACCUAGACGAUAAGGAACUGGAGGAAUGUCGUAAGAAGCUGGAAGCAGAAAUAAAAUUCUCCGAAGAAAAGCCAACACAAAAGGUCACCAAGAAAGAGGACGCAAACUCGGCCAUUAUGAGCUACCUGCAGUCCAUGUCAGUACAGGAUGAAAUGGAAAAACCGGAACCGAUCGAAGAUGAAGAAACGACCGCAAAUGCCACUAAUAACGUGCCGGAAGAUGGUGCAAACACAGAAUUGUAUGUAGAACCUACGGUGGAAGAGGAUGGAAAACGUGAUUCCGUUCGCGAUAUUGAAUCGGAUGAUCCUGAAAGCGAUCCAGAGGAUGCGACGGUAGAUCGCAAUUCGCGGCAGUAUCGUAUGAUGAUGGUUCGAAAGAUGCUGGAUGAUGCGCGUAGCGUUCGCUCGUACUCCACCACGGCCAGCACCAUCGCUCCAUCGCUUGUUACCGGUCGUAUAAAGGGUGAUUUACAGGAGCGUCAAAAGCGCGACCUGAAGAAGCGGUGCGUACCGAAAGGUGAGGCCAGCGCAGUCCGCCGAAUGCGCAAAGAUAAUAAUGCCGUGGUUAAAGAGUACCGAGGAUGGGAUUUUUAAGGCAUAAUGUAGUCUAAACCUUCUGUGUACCUAUUUGUAUGAAUAUAUGAAUUAUCGAAAACGUCUAAAGACAGUUAAAUUCAUCUUCA